AUGGAUACAAAUAAUACAAUAGAAAAAUCUUUAUUAUCAGAUAAAGCUAUUUUAAAACAUAUAGAUAAAGGCACAAUUGUAAUUUCGCCAUUCCAAAGAGAAUUUCUAUCAACCUCAUCCUAUGACGUAACUUUAGGUCCAUAUUAUUUUAGAGAAACUGAACCAGAAGCAGGUGCCGGUAUUUAUAAUCCAUAUUCUGAAAAUAUGGUAAAAAGAGUUUGGGGUACCUAUAAAAUGGCAGAAAAAGUAAGUGAAUGGAGUAAACGUUCCGGAGUCAAAUUAGAAAACAUAAGCGAAGAUGAUUUAAUAAUUUGGAUUAAACCAGGUGAAACUAUUUUAGCCCAUACAAAUGAAUUCAUUGGUGGUAAUACAACAGUUACCACCAUGAUGAAAGCACGUUCAUCAUUAGGUCGUAAUUUUAUAGAAGUUUGUAAAUGUGCCGGUUGGGGAGACAUUGGAUAUAUAAAUCGAUGGACAUUAGAAAUCACCAAUAACUCGCUCCACUAUUCUAUACCAUUGGUUGUUGGGAGAAGAAUCGCUCAAAUCAUUUUCUUUGAUUCCGAAGGAAUUCUCGAUAAACCUUACGAGUCAUCGGGUAAAUAUCAAUCAUCAAGUGAUAUCAAUCAAUUAAAAGAAAAAUGGCAACCCACUGAUAUGUUACCAAAAAUGUAUAAAGAUAAAGAACUGUUUAAAAACUUCCAAGCCUAUAAUCCAUCAAACUAUAAUGUUUUCAAAUAA